AUGCACAAGAAAAAACCAAAGAGCAUUUACACUUCGCGCUCCUCAUACUCCGACCGUGCCAAAAAGGAGAACGAGUCUUUCAAGGAGGUGAUCGUCCCUGUACAAGCGAUCGAAACAGCGUUGUUGUUGCUCAACUCACAGGAGGACGCAGUGCUCGUAACCGUGUUUAAGAACAUCACCGAAUAUGCACGCAAGCAGAACGAAAAUGUGGAGGAACUCAAAAGAUUGAAACUGCUCGAUUUGUUAUUGGAGAAGAAGUUCUAUAUGACAUCCGAAGCGGUAAUGAUCCGACGUUUUGCCACAUACUUGGCUUGUACGCUCGUUGAGAGCAUGGAUGUGUUGCGUGAUUUGGAGCCAGCAAGAGUGAUUUUUAUUUUAGGAGUAUGUUUGGAGGCGUAUUUAAUGGAAGUGGAUGAUUUUAGUCUGGAAUAUUUAACGGUGAUCAUAAAUAAGUGCCUGCAAGAUCCGCAAGUGGCAAAUGAAAUGCUACAAAAGAGUGAUUUUCUAGAGAAGUUCUUCAUGCAGGUUUCAAGCACCGAAAAUCCGGACAUCUUAUGGCAAUCCUUCGAGGCCAUACACAAAAUGCUGCUGCUGUUGGAUGCCGAAAAAUUGCUGGCGUUCAGCACAUUGCCAACAUUUCCAAUCGAUCGUGUGCUUUGCGAUAUCUUAAACGAAUUUGUAGACAUACGCAGCGCGGCGCUGAAGAUCGUCAAAGAUCUCAUUGUGGACACGAGCGAUAAGUCCACAUUCGCCGACGUAAGUCGUUGUGUAUUUACACUACAGCAAUUGACGCAACUAUUUUGCGAUUACGCCAUUACCGAUCACGGCAACGAAGCCAUCGAGGCAUUGGCCACGGCAAUGCGCACUGAGAAGAUGACACAACUCUUUUUCGAGCAUAAUUUCUUCGAACGCAUUAUGCAGAAUGUGGGCGCUCAUUUGCUGGAGUAUGCGGCGAGUGUGAAGUGUAAGGUGAUUUGGAUCUUUGCCGAGAACGCCCAAUAUGAGCACUUCUUACAGCGCAUUUACGAGGCAAAUGUGACGGAUCUAUUCCUGGACUGUCUAUUGCAAGUGGAUGCGUAUGGCCCAGCGCCCUAUGUGAUAGCUGGUUUGAAUCGCAUGAUGAAGAACCCGAAUGCGGCCAAUCGCAUAUUACAGUUUUAUGAAGCGGGCGUGAUAGAGCGUUUGGCAUCCAUCAUUUCACAACCUGGCAUCGAUAUACGCACUCGCGAACAGGCUGCCGAUUUGAUUGGCAAUUUACUGCGCUUCGCUUUCCAUGACACGGCGCACCAGUUAUUGGCGCUACAAAUUUCUCUGGUUCUGGGUCGUAUAUUUGGUCAACAGCCACAGGAUCUUUCUAUUGACUUUUUAUUAUCGCUGCUAAAUAUCAUCGAGCAUUUGGCACAAAAUGAGGACUAUCGUGAAAUUUUGGGUGAAUCAACACUGCUCAGCAUGAAUAUUGCGCUCAUGCUGAAGAACUCCUUCGCCACGGCCAUACUGGUGAACAACAUUUUCCGCUGUCUCUGCACCUUGGCUGAUGAGGCGGCGGUACGUACCGUUCUACUCUCACGCUACAUCGCACCGUCCAUGAAGCGCGGUCUGAAGUCUCUCUCGAAUCUGGUUAAAACCUCAGUAACGAAUUUCAUUAUGCAAACUGCACGUUUUCCCGAGAUGGUGCAUGAAUACAUCGAGGCGGGUGUUUUAGAAGUUCUUAUUUUGAAUCAGCGUCUGGCUAUGUGUGUGUCCACUUGGGGACCUGCCAUCGAGGCUAUACUUUCCAAGUGCCCAAGUCUUAAGUUUUGCAUACGCAACCAUCUCGGUUUUACGGACAGCACUGCUGGCAAUGACUUUCUUGUCUCCAAAAGGAAGUUCGAUGAUUUUCGUGUUUUUCAAAACAUUCUCAAAGAGGAUGUUUCGCCGUUACAUCCGAUUUUAGUUGUGAAUUUCGAGCGCAAGGAAUCACCACCAGAUCUGAUUAUAGAAGUACCAAUAGAAUGUUUUCCUUUGGAUGAGCGUCCCGACGUUGCGGGUAUCUGGUGCUACUGCCGUAAGCCAGGUGAUAGCGAACUACCGCGUAUACUGGAUUUGCUAAAUGAAGAAUUAGAAAAAUAUGGUUUAAUGCAAAAUCCUGCGAAAAUGAGUCGCUGUAUUGACUUCGAUAACUUGGCCAAGCGUGCCAAAGUUAUCGCCGAGAUAGUAGAGGCUGCACUCUGCAGUAACCUUAAACGCCUGGAUCUCAACACCACCGAAGAGUGCUCCAAUCACACUGUCAAGUGCCACUUGUAUGACAUAGCUCGUGCGCUGCAUUGCAACUUCAUACCUAUUGGCAUGAUACACACUGGUUGCCAGUUCGAGCGCGCAAUUCUUUUUAAAGCCCUGGCCGAUCAAAUCGGUUUGCCGUGUACUUUGCAACGCGCCGUCGACGGUCGUCUGUUAUUCAACGAAGUGCCACUGCCGGUGGAGAUUGACCAUGACCCUCACUGCGAUAAGAAAACUAUGAAAUUUAUGCCUUGGCGCAUGUUGCGACCCACACAUAUUGUCGAUUUGAUGUUCAAUGUCGGUGAACUGUAUCCCAUACAGAGUCGGCAAGCGCUGCAGUAUUUGAGAUUGUAUUAGAAGAAACGGACUCGAAAGCUAAAGACAAGUGUGGACAAGUUGAUUAAA